AUGUCAAUCCCCAAUGAAGCGCUACAGAAACUCGCUAUCGAGAUCGAAGCUCAAGCCAAUUCUGCACAGAGAGACAUCAAUCUUGUCAAAGCAGCUAUAGCAGCCAAACAGCGAGAUACCCGGAUGCUGGAGAUCACGUCUACGGAGGUCAAGCAAAUGGAACAGGAGACUAAGCUUUACGAAGGGGUGGGGAAGAUGUUUGUCUUUAGUCCAAGACAAGACGUCGAAAAACGAAUAUCGUCAAAUGUUACGGAGCUCAAGUCUGACAUCGGAAGUCUAAACAAGAAAUUGCAUUAUCUGGAAACGACGCACAAGAAUAGUCGAGAGCACAUUGAGAAAAUCAUUGGCUCCAGUAUGAAGAGCUGA